AUGCUGGGGGACAGGGAGUACGAGGAGUUCCUGGAGCAACAGGUCCAGAGCACAUCUGACAUUUACAGUUUGGCCUCAGCCCCAGAUCACACACAGCUCUCUCCAGGUUCUCUGUUUGUGGCUCUGGCUGUAGGUGGGGUUUUGUUCCUCGUCUCUGCACCUCUGGUUGUGUUUUACUGCAAAAAAAGAGUCAACAGGCCUCAAGUGCUGAGUGAAGAACUUCCUGGUGUCGUCUUUGGAGACAUUCGUGUCACUGAGGGACAAGACAUAGAAGUAAAGUGUCAGUUUAAACUGUCUGGAAGCAAAAAACUCUUCUGUAAAAACGACUGUGAUGAAGAAAGAAACAUUUUGGUGGAGACUUCAGGAAACAGAGCUGAGAAACACAGAUACAGUAUUCAAUAUGAUGAAGAGACCUACAUAGUGACAGUGGGAAUCAAGAAUGUGCAGCUCUCUGACUCAGGACAAUAUCUGUGCAAGUUGGAAAGGUUUUUGUCUGAGACCUGGUGGCCUAUUGAUGGCACCAGUGAAUUUAAGAUUGAAGUCACUAAAGCUCGUUCACCAGUGAAAUCUACUACUCCUCGUGUCCCUCCUGUGAUCCAAACCACAACUGCUGUCAGACCCACACAUAGUCCUGGUCCUAAUCCUGGUCCAAGUCCUAGUCCAGAUCCAGACUGUGGCGCCACCAUCAGACCUGAACAUGAACAACAGUCUGAGGUUGUACAUGGCUCUUCACAAACAGGUAUCCUAAAAGAAACAACAAUGAACAGCUUUAGUUCUCUGUUUGUGGCUCUGGCUGUAGGUGGGGUUUUGCUCCUCGUCUCUGCACCUCUGGUUGUGUUUUACUGCAAGAAAAGAGUCAACAGGCCUCAAGAACCUCAUGUAAACACAGGAGUUCAACAGAUUGUUGCUUCUGGACACUGCAUUUACCAGAGCCUGGACUUGGACUCCAUGGACCCAAACCAGACCUACAGUACUCUGUCUGUCCAACAGGGGGCUCCACCACAUGCACAACAACAACAUGUUCAGAUUGUUGCUUCUGGACACUGCAUUUACCAGAGCCUGAACUUGGACUCCAUUGACCCACACCAGACCUACAGUACUCUGCAGUACUCCCAGCAGGGGGCUCCACCACAUGCACAAACAGAGAUUUAA